GCCAUCAACACCCAGAGCUGUUAUUUGCGCACCACAACUGCCCCGCAAAAGCGCCUUCCUUUUUGCACUCGCGUCUUUACCUACACCUGAAUUGCAACUUUAUUUCGUUCCUUUACGCCCUAGUGUCAUUUGUGCACUGGCCGACGAAACUAUCACAGCUCCUAGAUCCGAGAGCUCUAUUCGCUGAUACAGCUCCUUCUUCACGCCCACCAACGUUUCCCAGCUGCCAGUGAUAAGAUGGCGGAUAUCGAGCAGCAGCCUCUAGCUGAGGAGGCUGUCGGCGCUGAUGUCGAGAUGCAAGAGGGAGCUGAGGGCACCGACGAUGAGGAGAGUGGGCUUCUGGGUAUUGAGCCAGAGACACCGAAGCUUGUUCUGUUCGCAGACUUAGCCAAGAGCCCAAUUGUCGAGGUCAUGGUAGGCACUGGCGACGAAUGCACGACCUAUUCGGCUCACGAGGCUGUUCUCAUCAAGGCUCCGGAGUUCGCUCGACAAUGCGCAAAUCUUGGGCCAGGAGUGAUUGCAAUGCCAGAUGCCGAUGUCAACGCUAUGGGCUCUAUCAUCGAAUACCUAUAUACUGGUGAAUACUUCCCGAAGAAGACGUCCACCGCGCGCGACGCUACCCUAGAGAAAGACCCUCGCACGCCCUUGCCUGACGACCAAGGACUUGGCCUCCUAGUGCACGCCCGGAUCUACACCCUCGCUGACCGUCUUGAGAUUCCAGAGCUCAAAUCCUUAGCCCACUCCAAGAUCCACCGCACAGCCUCUACUGCAAAAGGCGAACUAGCAUACGCACGCUUCAUCUAUAAGGAGUCCAAUCCCGAAGACGCAGUCAUCCGCAAGCCAGUCGCCGCGUUCUGGGCUACGCGAAGCUACUCGCUUCGACACGACGCGGAGCCGGAAUUCAAGGCAAUGUGUCUUGAGUUCCCGCAAUUCUCGUAUGAUGUCCUUCAGCUUGUUCUAGAUCAACAGGAGAAGUCGAGGCAUAAAAGUGACGAUGGCCCACACCGUGGUCCGGCUAUUGUUCCGGGCAGUAGCAGGAAGCGGGCAAGGGUUAAUCAGAUUUAGUUUCUAACGUAUGGCAGUGGAGCUUGUUACAUGUCGCCAACCUAAGGAAUGGAAUGAAAUGGCAAUAUCUGUCUCUGUGUAUGUAAGUGUUUGGGUGUGCGCGGGAGUAGCGAGGGUACGGCAGGCUGCGAGACGGAUAGGCUCUCUUCCAA